GCCAGACAGCACUUACUGGGAGAAAAUUGAUCCCACAGAGAGAGAACUCAGCCAAAGACCAGCACUCCAGCACUAUUCUUUCUCUCUCUCUCUUCAUACUUUUCAGACUCAUGGAUAAAUAGAAGUGUGACAUCGGAUUACAGAAGUGUGUACAUCUCUUGGUAUUCAGAGGCAUAUACCCUGCACUAUGGCAAAGUGGAUUUUAUCAUGGGAUUGCUGGACUUCAUUAUUACUGAUAGUUCUACAGGGGCUUCACACAGCAAGGACAGCAUCUCCAGUUGAUGUCCUACAAGCUUUAGAACUAAAAGAAGGUAUUGAAGGAGUUACAAUUGCAUCUGGACUUUGUACACAGAGGCAAGGGGUUGAGGAGACAGAUAUUGCUUACCGAUUAGAGAACCGAACUCACUUUAGUGCUCCCACCAAACAAUUAUUCCCAGAUGAACAAUUUCCUAAAGACUUCUCAAUUCUCAUCACUAUGAAAGCCAAGAAGGGGGCACAGUUCUUCCUCUUCUCUAUCUAUAAUGAGCAAGGUAUUCAACAACUGGGAGUGGAGAUUGGGCGUUCACCAAUUUUUGUAUAUGAAGACCAGGAUGGCCUACCUGCUCCAGAAAACUACCCAUUCUUCAAAAAGAUCAAUUUGGCUGAUGGCAAGUGGCACCGGAUAGCUCUCAGCGUGGAAAGUAAAAAUGUGACCAUGAUCCUUGAUUGUGAAAAACAGAUGACUCACACACUAGACCGUGGUGAUGAUCCCAUCAUCAGCACAAAUGGCGUCACCUUAUUUGGAACAAGAUUAUUGGAUGAAGAAGUAUUUGAAGGAGACAUCCAGCAGCUGAUGAUUGUCCCUGACCCCAGAGCUGCCUAUGAAUAUUGUAGCCACUACAUGCCCAGCUGUGACUCUGCACUCAUCUACGCCUUGCAAGCCCAAGACCCAGAAUUCCCAGAGGAGAGCACCAAUGAAACUGCCCCUCGAAAAAAGGGCAGAAAAGGCAAAGGUAAAAAAAAGGAUAGGAAGGGCAAAAAGAAGAGAAAAUAUGUAGCUGAGCAGACAGGCCCUGUAUUCAGCACUGUUGUGGCAUUUACCGAUGGAUUUCCAACAUCAACUGUCACCCAGGCGGUAACUGUGGUUAUGACAGAGCCCAAGACCAAGGUACGUCCCACUGAAGAUCCAUUUUUAACAGACGAGGACUUUCCUGAUUAUUAUACACCAUCUCCUGAUGAUAUUGAGGAAUCCCUAAAUGACACCAUUUUGACAGAUUAUGAGGGCAUAACGGAGGAGUAUGUUCCUGAAGAAGAUGAAGAUCAGAAUAGAGAAAGAGAAAAUGAUUAUGAGAUAAGAGAAUAUGAUGAUGAUGAUGAUGAUGAGGAUGAUUAUGAGAGGCGUGAAAGGAAACGUUAUGGCCCUGUGGAACAAGGGGAAGUGGUAACACAAGAGGGAACUGAAGAGCUGAGUAUGAAAGGGCAGAAAGGAGAGCCAGCUAUUAUAGAACCUGGUACCCUUAUUGAAGGACCUCCAGGAAAUCCUGGGUACCCAGGAGAGCCAGGACCACCUGGACCUUUAGGGCCUCCUGGUCCAUCUGGAGACCCUGGCGAGAGGGGUCCUCCAGGGCGACCUGGACUUGAUGGAGCAGAUGGUAUUCCAGGACCUCCUGGAAACACAGUGAUGCUGCCUUUCCAGUUUGGUGGAGAUUUGGGCAGAGGACAAACAGUUUCAUUUCAAGAAGCUCAAGCUCAAUCUAUUUUACAACAAGCUAAGCUUGCCAUGAAGGGUCCUCCUGGUCCAUUGGGUUUGACAGGAAGAUCAGGUCCUCUUGGUCCUCCUGGGCCCCAAGGCCUGAAGGGAGAUUCAGGGGAUGCAGGAUCUCCGGGCCCACGUGGCUUUCAAGGUAUACAAGGAUCACCAGGAAAGCUAGGGAAAAGAGGUCGUUCUGGAGCAGACGGUGCAAGGGGGGUUCCUGGAGAGACUGGAGUCAAGGGUGACCGAGGUUUUGAUGGUUUACCAGGACUUCCAGGAGAAAAGGGACACCGGGGAGAUCUUGGUGGUCAAGGUCUUGUUGGUGCACCUGGAAACACUGGAGAUAAGGGAUCUGAUGGGCCACCUGGACCAGCAGGUUCAUCAGGAGAAGCUGGUGCACGUGGUUUGGUUGGCCCACGAGGGUCACCUGGUCCUCCUGGUCAACCUGGAGUAAAUGGCAUUGAUGGUGCUCAAGGACCAAAAGGAAAUCAAGGAAUACAAGGAGACGCAGGUCCUAAUGGACAACAAGGAACCCCUGGACCUCAUGGUCUACCAGGUCCUCAAGGUCAUAUUGGGAUGCCAGGAGAAAAGGGCCCACCAGGGAAGGCUGGAAUUCCAGGUUUGGCAGGAUCAGAUGGACCACCUGGUCAUCCUGGAAGAGAAGGACCAGCUGGAGAAAAAGGGAUUCAGGGUCUGGCUGGUUCUCCUGGUCCUAUUGGAUACCCAGGGACACGUGGUGUAAAGGGUGCUUUUGGAGUGAGAGGACCAAAGGGAAGCAAAGGAGAGAAAGGUGAAGAUGGAUUUCCUGGUUUCAAAGGAGACAUGGGACUCAAAGGAGACAGGGGAGAUCCUGGAGCUUUGGGAGUGCGUGGGGAGGAUGGCCCUGAAGGGCCAAAAGGGCAAAACGGACCUUUGGGUGAUUUAGGAUCAUCUGGUAUUUCUGGAGAAAAGGGAAAGCUUGGUGUUCCAGGCCUUCCAGGGUAUCCAGGUCGUCAGGGCUCCAAGGGAUCUACUGGAUUUCCAGGACCCAUUGGUGCAACUGGAGAAAAAGGCAAGAGAGGAAGAGGUGGUCAGUCUGGAACAGCGGGCACACGAGGACCCUCAGGUACUCGCGGGGAGAGAGGUCAAAGGGGGCCAACUGGAAAACCAGGUGCAAAGGGUGAUUCUGGUAAUGAUGGAGUUCCAGGAGGUGCUGGAGAAAAAGGACCAACAGGACCACAAGGGCCCAGUGGAUUUGCAGGACCCAAAGGACCACCUGGAGUUGCUGGAAAGGACGGACUACCUGGGCAUGCUGGACAGAGAGGAGAACCUGGAUUUCAAGGCAAAACUGGUCUCCCAGGCCCUGCUGGAGUUGUAGGACCACAGGGCAAUUCAGGAGAAACAGGACCUAUGGGUGAAAGAGGUCAUCCAGGUUCACCAGGAUCACCUGGAGAGCAAGGACUGCCAGGAGCUGCAGGGCGAGAAGGAGCAAAGGGUGACCCUGGUCCAGGGGGAAUCCCAGGAAAGAGUGGUCCUCAAGGAUUAAGAGGUUUUCCAGGUGCUCGGGGUAUUGCAGGAGAACUAGGAGCAGCCGGAUUAAAAGGUGGGGAAGGGCCUAUAGGUUCUGCUGGACCAUCUGGGCCUGCAGGGGAAAGGGGUCCAAAUGGACCAGCUGGGGGCAUUGGUCUUCCUGGACGUCCCGGAGGACAGGGGCCACCAGGACCCAUAGGAGAAAAAGGCAACCCGGGUGAAAAAGGACCAAUGGGACCAGCUGGUCAGGAUGGGUCUCAGGGAAGUAUUGGGCCACCUGGUCCUGCCGGUCCUGCAGGUCCUGCUGGAGAUGAUGGAGAUAAGGGUGAAAUUGGUGGCCCAGGACAAAAGGGAAGCAAAGGUGACAAAGGACAUUCGGGACCUUCUGGACCAAUCGGAAUACAAGGUCCAAUAGGUCACCCAGGACCUGCAGGACAAGAUGGAGAACCAGGACGUAGAGGUCAGCAAGGAAUGUACGGGCAGAAGGGAGAUGAAGGUCAUCGGGGUGUUCCUGGUGUAGCUGGCCCAAGAGGAUUGCAGGGUAUGCCUGGACCUCCAGGAGAAAAGGGAGAGAGCGGUGACGUUGGUCCAAUGGGCCCACCUGGUGCAUCAGGUCCUAGAGGUCCCUUAGGUCCUAGUGGUGGUGAUGGCUCCCCAGGAAUGCCAGGUGGACUGGGACAACCUGGAGCUGUGGGAGAGAAAGGAGAACCUGGUGAGGCUGGAGACCCAGGGCAGCCAGGAGAAACAGGACCUCCUGGGGCAAAAGGCGAUUUUGGUGAAAAGGGAGAAUCUGGUCUAUCAGGGGCAGCUGGACCACCUGGCAAGAAGGGACGUCCAGGAGAGGAUGGACCUAAAGGGAAUUUGGGACCAAUUGGAUUUCCUGGAGACCAUGGACCACCAGGUGAAGCUGGAAUGCCGGGUAUUGAUGGAGCUCCUGGAGAGAAGGGAGAUGCUGGUGAAAGUGGGAAUCCUGGACCACCUGGACCUUCAGGUGAACCUGGACCAACUGGUUCACCUGGGAGAAGAGGACCCCUGGGACUAGCUGGCAAGGAAGGCAGGCAAGGAGAAAAAGGAACUAAGGGUGAAGCUGGGACCGAAGGGCCUCCUGGAAAGACUGGACCAGUUGGGCCACAAGGAUCACCAGGAAAACCUGGAUCAGAGGGUAUGAGGGGAAUCCCUGGACCUGCUGGUGAACCAGGAUUGUUAGGUGCACCUGGACAGACAGGACCUCCUGGCCCUAUGGGCCCCUCUGGUUUGCCAGGUCUGAAAGGAGACCCAGGAUUUAAGGGGGAUAAGGGUCACGCUGGAUUAAUAGGACUAAUAGGACCUCCAGGAGAAAUGGGAGAAAAGGGAGACAGAGGUCCAGCUGGAAAUCAAGGAGUAGCAGGACCUAAGGGAGAUACUGGUAUCACAGGGGCAUCAGGACCUAAUGGGCCACCCGGUCCCUCCGGACUUUCGGGACCAGCUGGCCAGAAAGGAUCUAAAGGAUCACCAGGUCUUAUGGGUCUUAGAGGGGAUCCUGGACAACCUGGACAACCAGGACCUCCAGGUUCUCCAGCACAAGUCAUAGAACCAUUCCCAUAUGAGGGAACCAGAAAGAGACGUCGGCAAUCAGAAGAGCAGGCUGACCAAGAUUUCACUGAUUAUAUGUCAGAUGGAAUGGAGGAAGUAUAUGCAACACUAGGAUCACUAAAAGUUGAGGUGGAGCAGAUGAGGUGGCCGGUGGGAUCCAAAGAUAGCCCAGGGCGAACAUGCAAAGAGCUCCAGCUGUGUCAUCCAGAUUAUAAAGACGGAGAAUACUGGAUUGAUCCAAAUCAGGGAUGUAACCGAGAUGCCUUCAAAGUGUUCUGCAAUUUUACAGCUGGAGGAGAAACCUGCCUAUUCCCUGACAAAAAGUUUGAGUCGGUUAAGAUUGCUGCAUGGAGUAAGGAAACAGCAGGAGACUGGUAUAGCACAUUUAAGAGAGGAAAAAAGUUCCAAUAUAUAGAUGCGGAUGGGAAUCCUGUUCAUGUGGUGCAGAUGACUUUCCUAAGAUUGUUGAGUGCCACAGGACGUCAAAAUUUCACCUAUAAUUGCCAGCAAUCGGCAGCUUGGUAUGAUGUCUCAGGGAGAAACCACAAUCGGGCACUGAAGUUCCGUGCAGACAAUGAAGAGGAGCUAUCCCACACCCGCACCCCCCAACUCAAGGCAAUAUAUGAUGGAUGCCAGUUGCGUAAAGGAAUUGAGCGAACUGUACUGGAAAUAAAUACCUUCAAAGUGGAGCACCUCCCCCUACGAGAUGUGGCUAUCAAGGACUUUGGAGACACCAACCAAAAAUUCGGAUUUGAGCUUGGUCCUAUAUGCUUCAAUGGAUAAAAUAAUAUCAUAGACAAACUUUAUCUUGGUAUUUCAAGAAAAAGGAACUUGAGUUUUGUUGCCAAUAGACUGAACAUUCCAUCAAUUGACAUCAAAGAUUUAUAUGUGCGGUUUUCUAUAUUUUUAUGUUAUAUAUUUGUUGUUUUUUAACAGCAGGGGAUUCCAGAUUUCCAUUAAGGGUUCACCCUUGUAGGGUUUCAUUAAAAAGGGGUAUGUUGGCCAGGUGUUCAUGUAUGACCUUGGUUGUUUCGAGGCCGCCAUAUUUAACAAAGGAAAAAGUCCCUGGCAGGGUGAUGAAUGUGCAGUGACAAAGAGUCACUUGAGAUUCUUUGUAAAGCGCAUGGUCAAUUCUAUUCAGAAUUUUCCAGUCUCUGACAAGUUUAAGUGUUCCUGGUUUUGCACUGGAGUUUAAUUUACCAAAUCAGGAUAUAUUUUUUGAGGUGCCUCACAUGCUGAACUUACUGAGAGUGCUCUGAUUGUCUAUCAUACACUGAAUGCUGUUUCUACUCCCCCCCACACUUGGAAAAGACAAAAAUGUCAAACACCCAUCGUGUGUCAAUAAAUUAAAACCCUGGUUUACAAUGGGUUAAUUUCUUUAGCAGCAGCGUCCUAAAAUGGAAUUUAGAGUAUUUUCUACUCUCUAUCCUUAUUUGUAAAACUUCCUUGAUGAAUAGUGAUGCUAAAUAUAUUAACUUAAACCCUAUAUGUACUGUAUAUUAUGUGUGUAUAGCUUAUCUAACAUGCCCAAAUGACUUUUACAAUUUGGUUUGAGCAUUAAGGUAAAGAAACAGUUCGUUAAAUUAUAUUGCACAAUAUAAUCUAUUUCUCCUUA